CUAUGGCUUCUGCGGACAAAAAAGAAGAGCUUCAUGUUCUAUUGGUGGCAUUUUCAGCCCAAGGUCACAUCAACCCCAUGCUUAGGCUAGGCAAGAGCCUACUAACCAGAGGCCUUCAUGUCACACUCGCCACCACUGAAUUAGUUUACCAUCGCAUGUUCAAGUCCUCCACCACUCCCACCAGUACCGGCGACGAAGCCACCGUCCCCACUUCUAUCACCACCAACGGAAUCCAAGUGCUGUUCUUCUCUGACGGCUUGGAUGGCAGAGAGACCAACAUGGACCACUACAUGGAGUCUAUGGGGAAAUUUGGACCCGUUAACCUCUCAAACAUCAUCAAAGACCACUUCCUAGGCUGUUCUAAAAGACUAGCUUGCAUUAUCAACAACCCCUUUGUCCCAUGGGUAGCAGAUGUAGCUGCCGAGUACAAAAUCCCCUGUGCUUGUCUCUGGAUUCAACCCUGUGCUCUUUAUGCCAUAUACUACCGUUUCUACAACAAGUUCAACCAAUUUCCUACUCUCGCGGACCCUGACAUGAGUGUCCAGUUACCAGGUCUGCCAUUGUUACAAGCACAAGACCUUCCAUCUUUUGUCCUCCCAUCAAAUACUAUUGGAAGCAUGCCUGAGAUAUUGUCAGAUAUGUUCCAAGACAUGAAGAAGCUAAAGUGGGUAUUGGCAAAUUCAUUCUAUGAGUUGGAGAAGGAGGUAGUAGAUUCCAUGGCCGAGUUAUGCCCUAUAAAAACGGUGGGUCCGCUAGUCCCUCCAUCAUUACUUGGCCAAGAUCAAAACGAAGACGUUGGAAUUGAAAUGUGGAAGCCACAAGACUCCUGCAUGGAGUGGCUCAGCCAUCAGCCUCCUUCUUCGGUUAUAUACAUCUCGUUCGGAAGCAUCACUGUGUUAUCAGCUAAGCAAAUGGAGAGCAUAGCCAAGGCUCUGAAGAAAAGUAACCGUCCUUUUCUUUGGGUCAUCAAGCGUGGUGAAAAAGCAGCUUCAGAUGGAGCAGAGGAGCUGCCACUGCCACAGGGUUUCGAGGAAGAAACCAAAGACCAAGGCAUGGUGGUGUCGUGGUGCCCACAAACCAAGGUCUUGGCUCACCCUGCAAUCGGAUGCUUCUUAACACACUGUGGCUGGAAUUCCAUGUUGGAAGCCAUCACCGCAGGCACGCCCAUGAUUGCUUACCCACAAUGGUCCGACCAACCCACCAACGCUAAACUCAUUUCUGAUGUGUUCCAUAUUGGGAUUCGCCUCGAGCAGGACAGUGAUGGCUUUGUUGAAACAGAGGAAGUGGAAAGAGCUAUUGAAGAAAUUGUUGGGGGAACAUGCUCAGAGGAAUUUAAGAAAAAUGCAGCAGAGCUGAAACGGGCUGCAAGGGAGGCUGUUGCUGACGGCGGAUCGUCGGACUGCAAUGUCCAAUCAUUCGUGGAUGAAAUAAUUGGUACCGCGAUAAAUAAUAUCUGAUGUUGUCAUCAUUCCAUGAUCCGAAAAAAUUUAUAAUAUCUUGUCGUUAUUGAAUGUUAAAUUCCUUGUUUGGAGUUUUCUCAUUAUGGUA